UCCUAGAGACUCAGGAGUUGGUUCAUUGCACUCAGAAAAAUCCUAGCUCCAAGCCCAACCCUAACCCUAGCUCCAACACUAACCCUAACUCCAACCCUAACCCUAACCCUAACCCUAACCCUAACCCUAGCUCCAACCUUAACACUAGAAGGACCGGCUUUUUGCUGUUCUACCUAUAAAGACCAGAGGGCAGCCAAAUGGCUUGGAGGGCUUUUAGCUAGUACUAAAUCACCUCUGAACACUCAGUUUGUUAUGCAAACGAGGCUAUCGCUGGUGCACCACAGGAGGGGAUAUGCUAAGUUAUUUCAAGGAAACUUGGGAGAGUUGGGACUUGUGGGGAGAGUGAGUGGGGAGGGGGGGGGGAGUUUCCAACCUGAGAACAACUGUAGACAGAAACUGCUUCAGCCAUAGCCACUGCACAGACAGUUUGGGCCUCUGUUUGUUUUGUUUGGUUCUACUUCUCCUGAUGUUCCUGCACCUCAGCAGAUGCCCCAGCGGUCGGUCCACGGACAAAAACUGUUGGUACUUUAUAUUAAUGACAUUGUAAAUGUAUCUAAAUUGUUAAAUUGCAUACUGUUUGCAUAUGACACUACAUUUUUUAUACUCUGGUGAAGCUGUUGAGAAUAUGAAUGUGAGAAUGACCAUAACGACUCAGGUGAAUGCAACCAGUCCCAUUCACAGGAUCACUAUUUGAUUGACAAUUUAUCACAUUUUCUGGUUUGCUGGUGAGCAAACCUGGGAAACCCCCAGAUCAUGGCAACCAUGCCCCGAAAUCGCUUCAAAGACAUCAUGCGACACCUACGCUUUGAUGACAGGGACACCCGCAGUGAGCGCACAAAGACUGACAAGUUUGCUGCAAUUUCUGCUGUGUGGUCAUCAUUUGUCACCAACUGCAUCACAUCCUACAACCCUGGUCGACACAUCACCAUUGACGAACAGCUUUUCCCCUCAAAGACUCGCUGCUGUUUCCUGCAGUACAUUGCAACGAAACCUGACAAGUUUGGGAUCAAGUUUUGGGUGGCUUGUGACUUGAAAUCCAAGUACAUCUGCAAUGUCCUCCCAUAUCUUGGCAAGGACCCCAGUCGUCCCAGUGGGGAGAGACUGUCCGAGAAUGUAGUCAUGAGGCUGAUGGAACCAUUCCUGGACAAGGGCAGAAAUGUUACCACGGACAAUUUCUUUACAUCACUGUCACUUGCGCAACAACUGCUUAGGCGGAAAACCACCAUCCUAGGCACAGUCAACAAGAUUCGCCAGGAAAUUCCACAGUCAUCUAGACAGAGGGACUGCAAUGAACUUUACAAUGCUACAAAGUGCAGCGUGGAUGUGAUGGACCAGAUGGUGCGGGAGUACACUUUCCGCACAGGAACAUGGCGCUGGCCAGUCGCUGUGUUCUAUAACAUGAUUGAUAUGGCAGCAUUGGAUGCACAUGUGCUGUAUCAAGCAUGCACUGGGAGGAAGGAGAGACGGGUGGACUUCCUGGUGGAGCUUGCAAGAGAGUUGGCUAACUCUCAUGUGACUGCGAAGAAGGCAUGAAAGGAAGAAUUGCUUCGGCAACAACCUUCCACACCUAGCCCUGGGAUAAGAGCCAUGUGCCAGGUUAAAAAUCAGUGUAAGAACAAUCAUGCCACUGUGCGAUGUGUUGACUGCUACAGAUACACAUGUGGGAAAUGCAGAAGGGAGAUACCAUGGCAGUGCCAGGAUUGUGAGUGAGAGUCUAACACUGUAUCCUGAUGAUGCAUAUUCACCUGAAGUCCAUCACCAACCUUUUUAUACUUUAUAUAUGUCCUGCAUGCUCUUGUUAAUUUCUAUUCUUGUAUUUUACAUAUUAUUCUCCGUUUAAUGUUGCACCAUCACGCCGUAAAAAAUCCUAGCAUUGUACAUAGCCUUUCAUACUUUUAUUCUUUAUAUAUGUCCUGCAUGCUCUUAUUUUUUAUUCUUGUAUUUUACAUAUUAUACUCUGUUUAAUGUUGCACCAUCACGCCGUAAAAAAUUCCUAGUCUGUGAAACCUGUUCAUUGACAAUAGCAAUAAAACCCCUUGUGAUUCUGAUUCUGAUUCUUGUUCUUAUUCUAUACAGUUGUUUAAAUUUUGUUUAUUUUUAAUCAAUAAAUUUCAGCAACAAAGUAAACAACCCAUGUGUGUUGAUCCCUUCCUUUCUGUUGUCCCUUCCCACUGCAUACACCACUUAGUCCAGUCCCCUCCUGUGGAGCACCAACGAUCACCUCGUUUGCAUAAUAAAAUGAGUGCUCACAGGUGAUUUAGGAUAUUAGCUAAAAUCCUUCCAGCCGAUCGGCUGCCCCGUGGACCUUGAGGGGGGUAAAGCCAAAUGGCUGCUCUGUGGUCCUUCUAGUGUUAACGUGACCAGGCCUCCCAGAUUUCCAGGGACAGUUCCCAUAUUGGAUGACCUGUCUUCGGCUAAAUCUGUGCCCGGAAACAUCCCGAUUUAAGCGUUUCAUGAAUGAGAACAAAAAUGUUGCGUGUAGACUAGAACAACAGUCAUUACGGUAGCCAAGUAGGUAAGAAGCAUGAGUAAGCAUGUCGUGCGCAGUCCUGAGCAACAUUUUUUAUGGGGGGUUAUUACGGGGGGCAUGCGUUGUUACUAAGUAGUACCGAGUUGUUGUCUGUGAUCACGUAGCCCAUGCCCCUAGCUCUGGAUGUCCCCCGAUUUCAUUACAGAAAUCUGUUCACCUUACUAUUACUCCAAUUGUCUCGUUUUAUUAUGGCUGAGUCUUGGCUACCUCUAGAAUAAUGACUGGAUGCCACUCUGUUUUAGCUAAACUUAAAGCAUCUUACAGGCUAAUGUUACAAAGGUGAAAGGUGCUACAAUGUAAAACUUAACAAGCUGUACCUCAGAGUUUUAAGAUGGCAGUAAGCUUCUUGGUUAGCAUCUUAACAAGGCUGUUGUCAGCCUAACAUUAGCACGUCCAAAUGCUAGCUUGGUUUUUCAAGCAUUUCUGUGGAGGAACAAGAAUUAAGAACAUUCUUGUCUACUGGCUCCAAGUAAAAAUCAUAGUACAACUUUUUUUACUUCAAAGGAUGUUUGCACAACCAGUUUCUUACUAUGGGGUAAGACCGAUCAGUUUUAGUAAAUCUUCCAAUAUUCCCAAAGGCAAAUCUGAAAACAUCAGGAAAGGCAAAGUUAAGUGUGCCAGGAGAAGCUGGCUUGUUGGUCGGAUUGGUUUUAUGUCAACUGAAUAUUUAUGCACCAAAAGGAGGAAGACGAACCAUGAACCAUGAGAGGCAAAGCAGGCCAGUUCUUCAGGCUCCCAUAACUAGAAAGCUGAAAUUAGAGGCAGCUAAGAAACUAAAUCUGAAAUAAAAGCCCAACCAGCAUGACAUUUGAUUUACUUGUGCCAUUUAUUGUGAUGUGAAUGUAAAACCCAACUUCAUCACAGCCUGUUGUUAGGUUACAGUGAGAAACCCAAAAUAAAAUCAAGAGGAUCAGUAAGAAAAACCACAAGACAUGUUCAGUUUAAAGUAGUAUGAUAAUUAAAAUGCAUACUCAACUUUUUUUUAUUGGUCAAAACCGAGUAACAAUGGUAAGUGAAUUUGACAAUACAGGUUGAAAUCUUCAGCAGCAAAGACAUAAAAAAGAGGAGCUUAUACAAGUGCUGCAGUUACUUCCUGCAUCUGAAGGCUGAUAAUACCAUUGCCGUGGAAGUGCAUUAACCUUUGUGUCAUGUUAAAAAAAAAUAAUAAUAAUAAUAAUUCAAAUCAGAAUCACCUCACUGCACUUAAUCCCUCACACCUUGUUGCUAAAACAGUCCUGAUCUGAUUGGAGAGCUUCCACACACCACUGACUGUAUAUCAGAUGGACAAUGAGUCUAUAGCUCCCCUUGCUGUGAGAUAAUGGGCAUUAUUUUCGUGCCCACCGGCGGCAUGGUGGAGGGUGGCGCACCCCACGCAGUGGUAUUUUCGUCUGGCGGAGCCCGGCGCACAGCCAGUUUGGUAUUUUUGUAGACUGAGGCGCACGAGGUCCGCCAAGCUGGGCAUGGCGGCGUGGCAGGGGGAGGUGUCGACAGAAUCAGCUGGUGCAGUGACAUUUUCGUGGAGAGGAGCUGAUGUGAUUGGCGAAAACAGGUCUCGGCUCUGUUAAACCCACUCCACGUUUUAUCUCCUCCCUCUCUGCUACUUACGCCGCUGGGAGGAGCUGAGUUAGGGAGGGGGGAUACUUAUGUCGGGCUGCGCAACUCGCCACCGGCGAGGCACAAAAAUAGAGCCCAAUAAGUCAAAAAGGUGCUGACACACUGCACUAGUGGAGCCAAAGUAUGCACAGGGGCGAUCUGGCUGUUUGCAUAGCAGAACUGAUGUUGCACACCCAUCAAACUUGUCAAUACACACUGGAGGUCCCUCAGGUGGGUGCAGCUCACAGCAGUAUAGAUUUUUGUGUUGAUGGCAGUCAGACACUUACACCUGCUCUUGUGUUUGUUACAUUUCUGCUUGUUGUUCCACCUCUGCUCUGCUAAUCCAGGUCAGAAAACUGCAGGAGCCUGCAUUUGUUUGCAGAUCUAUUAGCUAAUUAUCUUUUUUAAAAUCAAGUAACUAAUUAAAACCUCAACGUCUCAGAAAAAUGAACACUUAGAUAAAGAUAAGCAUGACAAGAAAUAACAGAUACUGUGUUGUUGAACAAUUAAUUUGACAUGUAUUUUAAAGAUACAUUUUGACUGUUAAUAUUUAGGGACUUGGCGUUUGUGACCUUUACUGGAGUCAGUCAGUAGGGGGAGCUCUAAAUCUAUUGGCUUUGUAUUUAUUGAAUAGUUGUGGCAUCUGAGCAGAUAUUUUAAGAUAAGGUAAAAAAAAAAAAACUAGUAGCAUUUGGAGAAUAUUAAUAGUAAAUAAAAUCAAAUAGAAAUUAAAAAAUAAAAAGGAAACAUAAGACAGACAACAAUAAAGACAGUAAAUAAAAUAAAUUUGGUGUUAUGGAGGCUACAGCUCUAAGGAAGCAGCCACUCCUUAGUCUGACUGUCCAUACUCUGAUAUUUUCCAUAUCGUUUGUCUGAUGCUGGGGGAACAAACAGUCAGUUUCCUGGGUUAGUUAAGUCCUUAAUGACGCUGUUAGCCCUCACGUGUAAGCAGCGAGCAUAAACUGUGUCCACAUUUGGCAGUUAGGUUCCUACAAUCCUCUGUCCUGUACACCAUGUUCUUUAAACAGAGCGUUUUUGUAGUGGCUCAUUUUCAAUUUUAUAUUUUGUGAGAUUAUUUUACACAGAUUCUAAGCUCCCAGGCUGAAUUUAUAAAACCUUCAUGUGAUUAAAAAGAUAUCCAAUAUGCUGCUUUUGUCUACCAUAAAAAAAAGAUAUAUUCAGUUUAAAUCAUUGAUUUGAGGCUCCAGUGUGCAGACCCUGAUGUGAAUUUGAUUUUCUGGUGCAUUAUUUAGGUAUUACCAAUCAUUACCCCACAGUCAGUUUAUUUGCUGUUCCAAACAUCAGUACUGGGCUUGUUUCAGGACAAUAAUCUACUGCUGCUUAAGAUUUGUACCAAUUUUUUUCCAAACAGAUUUUGGUCAUAGCCAGCAAUUUAUUCCAGUAUUUCUUUUUUCUUUCUCCGUGUUUGAAACCACUCUUAAGGGUAUGCAGAGUAUCACUUCCUCCUGGCCGGAGCAUAAUAUGAAACUUAUCAAGACUUUCAAGUUUGGAUAUUUAUGGGUAAAAACUGAAACUAAUUUUUGUCGUAAAAACUUGAAUCAUUAUGAUGAAUAUAGAGCCUGCAUGUGUACUUCAUUACACCUUUUCGAUGGUUCCAGUGGAGCAAAUUUAUCCAGCCUUUUUUCAUUCACAAGAAAAGAGGGUCUUUAUUUAGUAGUGAGUGCUGGACUCUUCGUGCAGCUCCCAGAGGCUGGGACAAAAGCCUGACGGUUGCCUGACAGUCACAAAGGUGGGCAUAUUUAGCUGGUUGAUCAGUUUCAGCUGCACAUGAGGCUUGUUUUCUGUGAGCACAUGGCUUUAAUGGAAAACCACUAACAUGAUAUCUACUUGUUGAUCAAAUAUCAACUCUGCAGGCUAUUUAGAGGAAACUGUAAAAAGACACUUAAGUGAGGACAUGAAAUUGAAGCAUCCUAAACUGGGGAAGAAAGCUCAUAAUCACUCCCCCUGAGUUACUGACUCACUGGAACACUUGAAUAGAGCAGAGUUGUUGAUAAUGUUAUUAGUAACACUGGUUACACCUGGCAUCACCUCUAUAUCACACAUGCUUCGCCUUGGAGCCUGAUAACAUGAAAACAGCUGAGGGAGAAAUUGGUGAUUUACACAUACAGGGAUCUUGAUUUUAUUAAGCAAUCUGGACCAUGACAUCAACCAACCUUUUUUUCUCUGAUCACAUUCACUCUCUAAAAGAUGUAUUUUUUUUAUGAAGCUGGGCCGACAUUUAAUGAAUCACUCCACUUUUUUUACAUUAUGAAGUGUCGUUUUGCUCUCCAGGUCAGUGCAGUUCCCUUGAAGCGAACAUGACCGUCUGAAGUGCUUCCAUUAGGUUUUAUGUUUUCUCAUGGACAUGAAGGUCCCGUCUAAAUAUACUCACACAUGUCUGGACUCCAGAGUCGUAAAUUAAACCCAGGGGCUUCUUUUUUUGUUUGGCUCUCCUGCGCAUGCCAUCUGUCUAACUUUCACUUUGUUCCUGUUUUUCUUUGUGUUUGUGUGUUUAUCCCACAAUUCACCAGGGUUACUCUCACUGAAUGCUGUUUCUCAUCUCCACACAUCCUGUUUGACACAUGUCUAAAUACAGCUGAGCUGCUCUGAAUUUUUAACCCAGUUCUUUGUCUAUCUCUGUGCUUUGGUUAUCUUCGCAAAAAUACUCAGACUCCAUUUGACUGUUUACAGGGUUUACACAAAUAUGUAAGUUUUCUGAUGCUAGGAGAUUACUCCAAAUCCAAACCUGGACCCUUUUUGACUUUUAAACUUGAACGUUCUGCUUUUUAAAGGUCGACGCCUGCAAGUGUUUACUUCAGCACAAACUCCUGACACUCACUCUCUCACAAGCAGGGACCACACACACUCAAUAUACAGUAUACAGUAUGCAUGUGUGUGUGUGUGUUCCAAUUAAUAGUUAAAGUCUGUGUUGGCAUCAGCACUUUCCUUUCAAUAACCCAGAGGCUUCUCACAGAACCAGAUAUCCUGAAAAUACUUCUUUUAUUACAGCAGUGAAAGGAAAAUACAGCCUUAAAUAUUCUCCAAACUCAAUCUGUGCCACCAACUGAGAGGAUAAUGUGAAAAUAUGUUUUGACAUACUGUAUGAUUUAGUUUAAUAACUGUUUUCCUUGACCUUCUUCUAAAUUUGUGUGUAAGUCCCUCACUAAAAAACGCCUCCAAGUUUCCCUUUAUUGAUUCUCACCACGUUCCACUGAGCUGGAUGCCAAGAAGUCGCUCUGAUUGAGAGUUCAGGUGAGAUCCAGAAAAUAAUCAGGAGCCGAAGGAAAUUUGUAGCUUAGAUUUAGAUCUGCAUAUCGAUCCCUUCGACAGGAACAUGAUGUGUCAGAUCAACUUGCUCAGAAAAUCCCACAAUUCAACACUGAAUCUUGGCGGGAUGAUUGACCUGUGAGGUCACAAAUUAAAGACAGCAACAGAGGAAAAUCUGAGACCACAGACGGUAAGUCCCUGACCUAUAAAACAGCUCGUCUCGGCCCCAAAUUGCAGCGUGAUUCAGAAUCAUCAAAUUAACAUCAUAUCGUUCAUACAUUGUCAGUCCCUGGAGUCAGAACUCUCUUCUGUGACAGCAGUGCAUAAUGGCGGCCAUUUUCCAAAUUUCAACCCAUUUUUCAAAACCCCGUCACAUGUUAGAAAAUCAACGCAUAAAAAAGGUGAAAAACAGUCGCAGUGAACAUGACUCACUCCAUAUCACUCAUUCUUAUUACUCACCAGACAGCCUGCGAGACACAGCAUCGCCCUCUACCUUCACCUCACACAGGAAGCGUCUCACCAGGAGAUCAAUUGAGGGAAGAUAUGAAGACGGUAUUUCAUGUUGCUGUUAUUUUCCCCGGGUGUUGCGCUGUAGCCCCUGGUUGUUAAUUCACAGAUGUUCAGAGAUGAACACCGACCAUUACUGACACACUGUUUGUGCCUGUGGACUUGGUGGAUUGCUCAUCUCUGUUAAAUUAUUGUGUGUUUGCUGUUGAGACCUUGAAUAUACAGCAAUAUGCUGUGCUAGCACUUGUACACUGCAGCAUCGAGUGUCCUUAUGUGACCUCAGCAAAACUGGGCUAUUUGGUUUCAAAGGGCACAGCCCCGAUGUAAUUACACAUCUGUUGGUGCUUUAUCCUCCUUUCAUCCUUAAUUCCCAUUUUCGCCAUGUAAAAUAUUUACCCAGGUCAGUCAUAAUCACAGUGUCAGUGGUGCGGACACUGACCUGCACGCUUUCUACCACGCCCCUGGAAACUAGGAUGUUAUUUUCCACCAAACAUGUAGUAAAGGUACAUCUGAGAGUCGUCUUUGGUUCAUCAUUUUUUCUUUAUUUUUUAAAUGAGUGGAAACUACAUGGCAUGUAAUGUGAGAGGUUAUACAGAAAUGCACCCUAUCAUUUCACUCCACGCUAAAAUCCUUAGAUUAUAUCACAUAAAACUUUAUAUGGUUCUCCUUCCUGUAUUUUGUCGUAUCAUAUACUUCAACCAUGAGCUACAUCCUCUGUAUAUUAUAUUUGUGUUACGAGGCAUGGCGGUCCCUGUUUCAUCGUAAUGGCCUGCCUCAAACUGACCUGCCGACAGAAGCGUCUCCCACACACAGUGAUCAAAACAGGCCUCUUACUGCUCUCAGGCCCUCCAUGUAUGCAGGCAGCAGCCCAAGACAGCGCUAUAGCAAAACCUCAACUGCUGUACCUCCCAGUGAGCUCCUCGCUGCAUCCGUGCCGUUCCAUGUGAACCAGCCUGACAGCUGUGCCUUCACUUUCUCUGUGAUUUCGACCUCAGUAUUUGACCAUAAAAUGGAUUCCCAUGUGAAGGAAAACACCGUCCACCCCAUGCUGAUGUACCCCCUAAUUACAAUUGAUGUUUUUUCCAUGGAUCCUGACCAGAAUGUUGCACGGCAGACUUCACAGAUGGGCAGAAUGUGGAAGGCAAUGAUCAUCUAAAGACUGGAAGAGUAUUACAAGACAUCUAAUGGGAUUUCAAGAAACUGUUCUUUGAUUUGAUGAUAUGGUUGUGGUUGCUUACGAUGUACUUUGCUGAGGAUUUAAUUGUAAAGCUUCUGUCAUACUUAUCAGCCUGUUAUCACUUGCUUAUUGUGCUCAUUGUGGCAUCUCAAAAGAGGAAAAAGUUACAUAGGUCAAUGUCACUGGAGUUUUUGUCGUAAUGGCACUCCAAAAGUAUUUUUUUGAAAACAGCAGUUCACCCCAAUGAGGUCAUUUAAAGGCACAAUGACGAGUUUUUAACUGGUUUAGAAACAGACUGAAACUGGUCCUGAAGCCUCUUUAUACCUAUCAGAAGCAAGCCAGACCAUCAACAACAAGACUGAUCAUUUCCACUGUUACUUAAAUUGUCUAAGAUCACAGUGAGGAGGGUAGGCGUCAGAGCAGAUGAUUGACAGCAUGCUUGAAAACAGCCUUUUAGAUUUAUAUCCAUGAUUUUUAUGUAUACAAACACUUCUCUCUCACAUACAGAACAACAGGGGGCGCUAAAAUCAACACAAAUCAAAAGUUCCUCACAGCAGCCCAAAAUCUUUUUGUAGUUUUUAUGGCUGUACGAAACAAAAGAGAUCAACAACAAGGUAUCAAAUGGCAUUAUGCAAUGUUUCAAAUAGUAAUUGACAGGAUUUUCAGACAGUCAACUAAUUGCACAAGUAUAACUAAAACUGAACUUUAAAAAAAUGAAAAGUAUUUUGAGUGUAUUUGAGUCCUUGUUUUGGUCUAUGGUUUACACCUUAGUUACGCCUCUCUCCCA